AUGUGUACUCGCCUCGCCUUUUUUAAACACCGGGGUGUCUCUUGAACACCACUCGCUGGACUCGCUCGUUCGUGUAACGUUUCAGAGCCGCGCAGCGUUCAGAGCCGUUUGGAGUGCAAGCAGGCGACUGACGCAACACAACCAAACAUCAGUGCCAUGCUGCUUCUCAGACGCUGCCACAGACUGACUCGAUUUGGUCCUCUCAACACCCAAAGGCAUCAAGCGGCACCUGCCGUAGCGUCGUGUGCAGUUCGUCUCCGGAGCGGCAGCAGCGGCGAGGACCAGAGAUCGUACCAGCAUGCCCACGGUCCCAGCUGGAGACAGGCCUUAGCGGGCGUGUUGGCUGGUACGGGGGCCGUACUGGCUUAUGGCCUCCACCACCACAAGGCCGAGCAGGUGGACACCAUCGAGAAGGCUUCGGCUCUUCCCAUCUUCACCCAGGAAGAGGUCACCAGUCACCGCUCUCUGGAAGAUGGCGUGUGGGUCACCUACAAAGGCGCCGUCUACAACAUCACUGAGUUUGUGGCCAUGCACCCUGGUGGGGAUAAAAUCUUGCUGGCGGCAGGUGGAGACCUUGAACCCUUUUGGGCGCUGUAUGCCGUACACAAGCAGGAGCAUGUGCUGGAAAUCCUCGCAGAGUAUAAGAUCGGCGAGCUGAGAGCAGAAGACCUGAAGAAGCAGCAGUCUGUCAAAUCGUCUGACCCCUACUCUUCUGACCCCGAGCGUCACCCCGUGCUGCGCAUCAACAGCCUCAAGCCUUUCAAUGCUGAGCCGCCUCCCGAAAUCCUCACCGACAGCUACAUCACCCCGUCUCCUAUCUUCUUCAAAAGAAACCACUUGCCGGUUCCUCAGGUGGAUCCUGGUUCUUACCGGCUGCACGUGGAGGGGCUACCUGGAGGAGCGCUGACGUUGUCCUUAGAAGAGUUGAAGACUCGAUUUCCGAAGCACACCAUCACCGCCACGCUGCAGUGCGCCGGUAACCGCCGCUCUGAGAUGAAUAAGGUCAAGCAGGUGAAAGGACUGAACUGGGGCAUCGCUGCGAUCAGUAACGCUACAUGGAGCGGCGCGAGGCUUAGGGAUGUUCUGCUGGCAGCUGGUUAUGGGCCAGAUGUGGCCAAGAGGGCUUGCCAUGUUCAGUUUGAAGGUCUGGACAAAGAUGUGACGGGGACUACCUACGGUGCUUCCAUCCCUUUAAACAAGGCAGUUAGCGAGGAAGGCGAUGUGCUGCUGGCUUAUGAAAUGAACGGCGAGGAUCUCCCCGCCGACCACGGUUACCCUGUCCGGGUUGUGGUACCAGGCACAGUGGGUGCUCGCAAUGUUAAGUGGCUGGGGAAGAUCAUAGUGAGCGCUGAAGAGAGCAGCAGCCACUGGCAGCAGAACGACUACAAGGGCUUCUCCCCUGCAACGGACUGGGACACAGUGGACUUCAAAUCCGCUCCGGCCAUCCAAGAGCUGCCAAUUCAGUCAGCGAUCACCGUGCCGGCAGACGGCACUGCGGUUGACCGCAGCGGUGAAGAGGUGACUGUGAAGGGUUACGCUUGGAGUGGUGGGGGCAGAGAGGUGGUGCGUGUAGAUGUCUCUCUGGAUGGAGGAAAGACGUGGCAGGUGGCCCAGCUGAGGAGCAGCGACAAGGACCAAGCACCUGAAGUCUCGCCGCCACCUGGACGAGCCUGGGCCUGGAAGCUGUGGGAGAUAACAGUUCCUCUUCCUGCCGAGGCGCAGGAGCUGGAGAUAGUCUGCAAGGCGGUCGACAACAGCUACAACAUGCAGCCCGACACAGUUGCGCCCAUCUGGAACCUCAGGGGCGUGCUGAGUAACGCCUGGCACAGAGUGAAGGUGAAGAUCCGAGAGGAUGAGAGCGAGGAAUAGACUCAGUGGUUUGAUCCACAAAAGGUACACGACUGUCGUCAGAGAGUCACUCAGCAGGAGAUCAUGAAGAUGUCGCACAGCAUUUUUAUAUUUGUAUAAUUUGGCAACAAAUACAGGUUGUUGUUUCUUUUGACAAAGCCUUAAAGUAUUAAUGCAAUCAAAGCCUGUGAGAUUUUUUUUUAUCAUUGUGUAGCUAGAAAAUAGCUAAAGGCUGUAAAUGACAAAACAUGUCCAAGUUUUAUCGAGCGAUGAUUCACUCGCACUUUUGUCUUAAGUGAAGAUGUAAUUCAGUUAAUUCUGUCGAAAAUAAAACAUUUAUUUUUGUAAUCCGUAUCGAUGUUCUCAGUGCUGGAGAUACGCACAGUGCUAAGAUUGUUCUAUUAUCGUCAGUCAAAAAGGAGGCUACUAGAGUUGUUCACUUUACUUUAGAGAGAGAGCAACCGGAGUUCAGCAAGACUGGGAUCGCCUCGUAAAUCAUUGGGAUGAAAUGGCGUUUUCUUAUCUGCAGCUGUGGCUUUUUCAUUUAGGAAGAUAAACUAACUUUUUCAGGGAGAAGUUUGAGCAGCUUAAAGAGAAAAAAAAAAAAAAAAACAGGAGCAUCAUCAAAGCUUUUAGUCAUCAAAAGUUUUUAGUCUGUAAAUCAGAGGCCGCUCAGUUUGUGGACUGAAGUACCUCAUUGUGGAGACAGAGCUCAAGUUCUCUGAGUUUAUGCUGCAACACUCGAACUGCGUGUGCUCGGUGUCUCUGCUCUGUAGUAGUGUGAAGAGGAUUUAGGUUUUUUUUUAGAAAGAUGGUUGAGGGUUGACUGUAAAUAAUGUGUUAACCUAAAUAUCUUUCUUUUUCAAGAUCAUUGAAACAUUCAGUUAUAAUAAUAAUAAUUUGUCUGUUGUGUUGACAGUUGAAUGUCUAAGCUGUAUUCACGCAGUCCCGUGAUCAGCAUUUGAAUUAUACUGAACACUAAUGUUUUGUGCAAAAUGUGCAUCAUUGUUGAAGAUGAAGAAUAAAUGACUCUAUUUUA